CUGAUUCUGCCAGUUUAUUAAAUGACGCUUAAGUGAAUGGUUUUGCUCUUCGAAGCAACUACGAGAAAUAUUUUUUAAAGUAUAUUCAUCGUUCCUUUUUUUUGGGUAGGAUGGACCAUCAAUACCAGAACAACGAUGAAGAGGUGUGCAACAAACCAAGUUCAAAAGCAAGUAAUGUGCUACCACUGUGGGGCAAUGAAAGGACCAUGAACUUAAACCAGUUGAUACUAACCAACAUACAGAGCUCACAUUAUUUCAAGGUUAAUUUGUAUGAGCUGAAAACCUACCAUGAAGUCGUCGAUGAAAUUUACUACAAAGUGGCUCAUUUAGAGCCAUGGGAGAAAGGGUCCAGAAGAACCUCCGGACAGACGGGGAUGUGCGGUGGCGUUAGGGGCGUCGGAGCCGGAGGCAUCGUUUCCACUGCCUAUUGUUUGUUAUACAAGUUAUUCACACUGAAGCUGACUAGGAAACAGCUGAAUGGAUUGAUUACCCACUGUGAUUCACCCUACAUUCGAGCGUUGGGAUUUAUGUAUAUAAGAUAUGUGUUUCCACCUGCCAGUCUACUCGAUUGGUAUGAGCCAUACCUUGAUGAUGAAGAGGAAGUCGACGUUAAAGCAGGUGGUGGACAGAUGAUGAAGAUGGGAAUGAUCCUGAGACAGUGGUUAGUUAAACUGGAAUGGUUUUCAACUCUCUUCCCGAGAAUACCGGUUCCAAUUCAGCAAAAGAUUCAGAAAGUGUUGGAGGAGAGGUUUCCAAUGCAAGCCGUCCAAGUAGCAAAUCAGAGAGAUCGCGAGUCUCGGGAAGGAUUUGACAGAGAGAAAAAUUUCAAACAAAACCAGAGGGAUAAUAAAGAUAAUAGACGUGAUAAAAUCAGGGAAGAUAGGUUUGAAAAAAAUGAGGAUAACGAGCGCAAGAAUAGGUAUGACAGGGAGGAUAACGAUCGUAAGGAUAGGUACGACAGGGAGGAGAAUGACCGCAAAGAUAGGAACGACAGGGAGGAGAAUGAACGCAAGGAUAGAUAUGACAGGGAUGAUUCAGAUAGAAAGGAAAGGUAUAGAGAUGAAAGGAUUGAUGCGCUUCCUUACGAGCGUAAGGAUCGGUACAAGGAUGAUUAUGAUCGCAAAGACAGGUUCAGGGAUGAUUACGAUAGAAAGGAUAGGUAUAGCAGAGAUGACAGGGAUAGACAGCGCGAGGAAGAGAAGAAUAGGAGACAUAGGGAUCGCAGUCCACAUAAGGAAAGGCACAGGGAUAGGCAGUCAAGCAAGGACAGAGAGCACAGACGCAAAAAGCACCACCACAAAUGAUCCCUUCGUUUUUAUUAUGUUUGACUUUUUUUCUUUUUUUAUAUACAUAUGAUUAAUUUUAAAGAUGGUUCAUUACUAUUAUCAAAAUAUUGAGUUUCUGUUUUUCUUGUUCCUCUCACUCUGUUUCAAUGGUUUU